CAGGAGACCGAGGAGAGAGAGGAGAGCUCUGAUAGAGCCAUGCACUUGGAACGAGAGCCCCCCAGCAGUGAUGGAAUGGGAAAGGAAGGAGUGAAGGCAGGCAGUGCUGCUCAUGAAACGCCAGAGGACAUCAAGGGUUGUCAAACUGACUUGGAAGAACAAGACAUGGAAGGAACGGAGAGUGCUGGUUUGAUGAACAGCGCUGUUCUGCAUUCAAUGGGUGGCAAGGAGGUGACUGACUCUGCAGCAGACCAUAAAGGGGACAGCAUGUGUAGAAAAGGAGAUCAGGGAUCAAAUGAGGAUGUGAAUAUGGAAAACGUGGCUCAGCUCCAGAACAGCCCCACACUAACUGGGCAGGUGCCGGUCCAUCCUCCAAUAAAAUGUUCCAGAGAGGAGGACAAUGUGAAGAGCUUGUCAUUGGAGCUGGCUACUGGAGGGGAUGUGCCUCGUUCAGGAUUUGAGGUUAAAUUUCCUCUGCAGGGGAAAAGUGUACCAGUGGAGGCUACAGAUGAGGAGGUGGUGUGUCUUCUUGCUUUGCAGGUCCACCAAGGGAAGUCCAGACUCAAGGAUGACAAAGAAUCUGAUGAGGGUUCUGGAGUGCUUGAGAAGAUGGAAAGUUAUGAAGAAGGUCCUCAAUUUCAAGAAAGCAAAGAUAUCCACAAGGACCUCCUUGGUGUUCCUCAGGUUGAGAAAGACAAAAAUAUUUGUUUCAGUGGAACCCUUGAAGAAUCCAGCCUACAUCUAGUUAUAGACCAAAUAGCAAACCCAGAGCAUGUACAAGUUUCAACUGAGAACACCAAAGAAUCUGAACAAAGUAUCCAGGAGAGCAAAUGCAUUACAGAGGCAGGGGAUAUCAACUGGGCCUCCAAAGCCAAAGAGAAGCCAAUUGAGCAUCUGGAACAGCAGAGUGGGGGGAGCCCUAAAGAUGUCAAUGCUGAUGGAGUGCUUUUCCAGAGUUGCAAAGACAAACCGGAAGAGGAUGCCAGUGCACAAUGUUCAAAAGACAACAACGAUAUUAAAGCUGGAGGAGACCAGCUCAACAGCAUCAUAGCCAGCCCGUGUCCUUCACAAGCUCAAGAGGCUGGAGGUGUUGGUGCACAAACCCCCUCCCAGUUUAGAAAUGAGCAGCAAGGUGACAGGGAGCCUGGUCUUGCCUCCGACACGGGAACGGAGGAGACUUCACCCAGAGAAAAAAACGGGCAAGACCCCAAAUCAAGAACAAGCCCACCAAAAACAGUGAAGAGCAUGUUGAAAGAAAGUGAUCUGUGUUCAAUGGGAGCGGAACCCCAACACUGGGCAGAAGCCACGCUGCCCUCCGGCAAGGCUGAUCUGGGAUUCGGGAAGCCUGUGGAGGUUACUGUUACUGAAAAUUCGAAGCUACUGGCUUCUCUGAAUCCCGGGGAGAGAGAGCAGGAGCUCGCUGCAGAACAAGGUCAAGCAGUGAAAGUGGCUGUGAUGAAAAUGACAUUCGACACCCCCAAAAAAACCAAGGCAGCAGAGGUGAAGAGCACACCUAGGAAAGAUAUGUUCAGGCGCGUUGUGCGACAGAGCAAAUUCCGUCAUGUCUUUGGCCAGGCGGUGAAGAACGACCAGUGUUACGAUGACAUCCGGGUCUCGCGGGUCACCUGGGACAGCUCCUUCUGCGCAGUCAACCCCAAAUUCGUUGCCAUAAUCAUUGAGGCCAGUGGCGGCGGCGCCUUCCUGGUACUCCCUUUGCACAAGACUGGUCGAAUUGACAAAUCCUACCCUACAGUAUGUGGCCACACGGGACCUGUGUUGGACAUUGACUGGUGUCCACACAAUGAUCAAGUCAUUGCCAGUGGAUCUGAGGACUGCACUGUCAUGGUGUGGCAGAUCCCUGAAAAUGGCCUUGCGCUCCCCUUGUCCGAGCCAGCCGUGGUUCUGGAGGGUCAUUCCAAGAGGGUGGGCAUUGUGUCGUGGCACCCCACCGCACGCAACGUCCUCCUCAGCGCUGGUUGUGACAAUUUGAUCAUUGUGUGGAAUGUGGGGACCGGGGAAGCCAUGAUCAAUCUGGAAGACAUGCACCAGGACAUGAUCUACAGCGUGUGCUGGAACCGCAACGGCAGCCUGAUCUGCACAACCUCCAAAGACAAGAAAAUCCGGGUCAUUGACCCCAGGAAGGAGAAGAUCACUGUUGAGAAAGACAAAGCCCACGAAGGAGCCCGCCCCAUGAGAGCCAUCUUCCUCUCCGACGGGAACAUCUUCACCACAGGAUUCAGCCGCAUGAGCGAGCGACAGGUCGCACUCUGGAACCCGCAAAACAUGGAUGAGCCGAUUGCACUGCACGAGUUGGACAGCAGCAACGGAGUGCUCCUUCCCUUCUAUGACCCAGACACCAACGUGGUUUACCUAUGUGGUAAGGGGGAUAGCAGCAUUCGCUACUUUGAAGUGACAGAAGAAAGCCCCUAUGUUCAUUUCCUCAACACCUACAGCAGUAAGGAGCCUCAGAGAGGGAUGGGCUACAUGCCAAAGAGAGGGCUGGACGUCAACAAGUGUGAGAUUUCCAGGUUUUAUAAACUGCAGGAGAGGAAGUGUGAACCUAUUAUCAUGACUGUACCCAGGAAGUCUGACCUGUUCCAGGAUGACCUGUACCCCGACACAGCCGGCCCCGACGCUGCCCUGGAGGCAGAGGACUGGUUCGAGGGCAAGAAUGCCGACCCCAUCCUAAUCUCCCUGAAGCAUGGCUACAUCCCCGGCAAGAACCGUGACCUCAAGGUGGUCAAGAAGAACUUGCUGGACAACAAGCUGGCCGUCAAAAAGAAGGCAGAGAUCUCUGGCUCUGGGAACAAACCUGUGUCCUCGACGCCCUCCAUACAAAACGAAGCCAAGCUGGAUGAGAUCCUGAAAGAAAUCAGAACCCUUAAAGACCUUAUUGGCAGCCAAGACAAGCGAAUCGCCAAACUAGAAGAGCAAAUGUCAAAGAUUGCAAUCUAAAGACCGACAGCACCUGUCGCUAUUUUGGGACGUUUCAUUGGCUAGGAUUGCGCCAGGUGGGCAGGACCCUUCACUUCCAAUCUUGAUGACUGCGAUCCACCUGUGGCCUGUUGCCUAGCAAUGAUUUCACAUUCCGAUAUGAACUUUCUUACCCCCACUAAUACACAGAGAAAAGAGAUUCUUGCAAUUGAUAUUCCAGCUUUUUUAUUGAAAGUUUUAAUAAGUGGCAAUUUUGACUGUCCUUGUCAAGAGAAUCUUCAAAAAUAGCUUUUUUUUUUUUUUUUUUUUUUUUUUUUUUAAAUUUGUGACCAAGAAAAUGUUUGUGACGAGUUUGUAUUUACUGUGUUAUACCCAAAUGUUUUAUAUGUAGUAAUCCACCAGUAUUGCAUUUUUUCCCUUCAUUUUUUUUGUUGCCAAAUCUAAAUGGAGUUCUGUUUACACACCUCCUUGACAGUGUUUUUGGUUUUUUAUGCAUUCAAUGAACACAUUGGGGGACAAUGCAAUCAGACCGUAUUCAAUAAAACCGAGGCAGAAGUGGACUUUUAGUACAGAAUGAAUCUAUUAAAAGUUUAAAAAUGCAAGCAAGAUUUGAUCAUUUCAACUAGAACAAAAAUGUGCAUGUUUACAAGAUAAGAGUGCUGAAUAGAAAGGGUUACGUUGUUCAGCUCCUCAUCGUCGAGUUUUCUUUUGCCCUGGUCGUUUUCAGGGGAGUUAAACAUUAACAGACCCACUGGUGAGUCUGUGCUGUAGCUGUAAAUGUGUUCUUGCCAUUUCUCUAGUAGGCCACAUCAAUGCAUCAUGGACACCUUUGUCGUAGAUGUGUUUUUUCAAUCGCGUAUUGCAUUUCAUGUCGUCUCCAUAGAGUGGGACCUACCUCCCUGUUCGGGCAAACUGCUUCUCUGGAAAUCGCUAGCAAAGUCUUGCAGGGGGAUCUUUACUCACUAGCAAGAUCUAAUCCGAAAUAAAAUCUGCCGAAAAAAAAGUUUGAUUUAAAUGUUUCUUUCACAGCUGUGUGAUCCAGUGUGAAGGCUAAAGAACUGGUAGCCAGGCCAGUGGUCUUCUGAAUUCUUGUUUUUUUUAGCUGUUGCAUUUUACAUCAAUAUUAAAGGUCAGUUAAAUGUGUCAUUUUUACAAUUGAGAGUGAAGAGCCUCAUCACACCACGUGAAUCUAAUAUUUACAAUGGAUGCUGUAAAUGACAUUGUAAUUGUUGUAAGAAGGGAGGCUGUUGCUGAUCAAAACGGGGUAUAUAUCCUAUAUGUACAGCCAAAUGUAAAAUAUCCUCCCCCCCCCCCCCCCUCUCUCUCUCUCUCUCUCUCUCUCUCUCUCUCUCUCUCUCUCUCUCUCUCUCUCUCUCUCUCCUUUAUAAGUCUGUCAGCUGCAUCUGAUUUUCAUGCUUGUAAAGUUGCAGUCAGGUUUUUAUUUUUUCUCUUCCUGGCGCCAAUGUCGUCAAACUCAUUUUAAAAUAAACGUAUUUUGGGGGGAGUCAACCAUUUCAGCCUAGGGUUGAAUUAUAUGUCAAAAAAACAAUUCAACUGUAUUUGAUCUAAAUGAGGGAUCAAAUUAAUCUGUGAACUUGUUCUCCGUUUUGGGCUUUUUUAUUUUUUGAUAGUCAGUGGCCAUUGGCCUCACUCUAUUACUGCAUCAUCGGUUUUAAUCGAAACUGUCCAAAAAAAGAAAAUCUGCUAGUUUUGCUGUUGCAUGAAAGGUGGAGGAGAGAGUAUAUUGCAGUAUCUGUUCUAAGGGAGUGGUUGGGAGGAAAGCCAUUAACACAGAGUGUGUUGUUGUUUGUUUUUUUGUAUUUGUAUUUUCUAGUUUCAUCUGCAAGUUAUUUGUCUGAGACCCCUCACUGUAAAAAUCAUGCAAACUGAUCAGGGUCCCUGAGAUGAUGCUCAGCCAGUCACACCCCUCUCUGCUUUGGGUUACACACACACACACACACACACACACACACAAUACCAGCACUGAUCCAAACUGCAAAGUCCCUCCAUUCCCCCAGAAAUGUGUUCUGUUCAGAAUGUGUUUAAAGGAGACCUGGGUAUAGCCCAUCCUAAUUACCAGUAGUUCUGACCCAUGAGAUUUGUUCUACUGAGCCUUUUUAAAUGUGUUUAAUAUAAGAGGAGGCUGCUGACUGGUCUUUAGCCAGACCUGGGACCGUGUGUCAUACAGAUGAAUUGCAUUUAAAAAAGGAAGACAAAAUAAUGCUGAUCCUCUGAAAGAGUGGUGUGGUGUUUUUAUAUUUUGUUAAAUGACUAAACCGAUUGGUGGUGUUUUAUUUUAUUUUUUGGUCCAAAUGUGUUCUAUUUCUACCCUGAACUGAAGGCGAUGUCUUAUUGCAACAUAGAGAAUAGUGCUUGUGUAAUGUUACUUUGCUUGGUGAGAGAAAUAGCAGGUUAUUGAGAAUGGAUGACAUUUUAAAAUGAGAACAGUCGCAGCUCCCCCCCCCCCCCCCCGUAGUGCCACGCUUAUUAGUUAUGCAUUUGGUUCAUUUUAUAUACAUAUAAGACACACAGUAUUAACCACAUACUGUGCCCAUGUUUUAGCUGCCUAAAUAUACUUUGCAUUGUGCUUGAUGCAUAGCAUUCAGUAAAUGCUCAAAAAACAGGGUUUUUAUAUUGCAUCAGUAUUGGUUUUGCAGUAGACUGACAAAGUGGUGAGCAGAACAAUAAAAUGAUGGGCAUGAUACAGGCUUGUAUAUGAACUGAAAACAUGGCAUUGCGGGAGGAUGAGGGCAGGAUGGACUGGGUGCACGUAAUUCAGUGAAUCUGUCCUCCAAUUGUGAUGAAACUUAGAACGCCAGAACAAGCCGGGAGCAUCAGAAUGUAACGCAUCACUUCUCCACCUGUGAUCACUUUGUUACAACGCUCUUUACCUUGUAAGGGUGACAGUGUAGAAGGAGAUUGCACGGUGCUCUGCUUUUCAUGCAUGCCUCUGGCUUGGUGUUUACAGCCAUGGUGUGGGAUAUGAGGAGGAAGCAAGGAUUUGAACCCUGUGGGUUCUAGAACCAAUAACUAUGGCUCUGCAUGAAGUCGUUUUAUUGCAGCUAUUUGUUUAGUCAAUACUGGAAGCGAGUAAAGGAACUGAAAGGGUUGGGGGGAUUUUAAUUGUUUUUAUUUUGUUUUUUGGACUGCAUGUCAAACUCUAUUCCUGCUCCUGAGAACUGUAUGUCCCACUAAACUCAGCUAUACAAUACCCAGCUGUCAUUUUAUUAGAGUUGUUAGCCCCUGUUGGGGUAGUAGAUGCAUGAUGUCUUUGUGGAUUAGAGCAAUAGGAGGGUAAUGCUUGUGUUGUGGAAGAGGUGGGUGAUGGACAUGUUACAGAGAGAUGGCUGUCGUUUCAGUGCAAUACGAUAAGUAGGUUGAAAGGGGGUAUAUUGUUUUAAGGAAUGUUUCUUGACUAUAAGGAAUGGGUUUAUUUCAGAGGGAUUAGACAGUUUUUUUUGUUUGUUUGUUUUUUUAAUGUAAUUCCUUGCCCAGCAUUGAUGAUUUAAGAGAGAACUGAAAAGCCAAACUGUAUUUUAAAACAAAUUGGAAUCUGCUCAUAAUAGUCACACUGGUGUUCUGUCCAAAUGUCUUCGAUUUCAUGAACUCAUCGAAUUUACUAAAUAAAUACAAAGUUAAAAGUG